CCUGCCUUGCCAGCUCAGUCGGCCGUAACAUUGACCGCAGAUUGUCAAUAAGUGACCCCAGAUAGUAAAGAUACAGUGGAAAUAAAAGGGAAAUAAUGUAUAAUGUUAUCAUAUUGAGUGUCCUAUUUCUGUUCAGUGCACACAAUGUCUGGGCCAAGAUGUUUGAUUACAACAUGGAGAGAGCCAAUUUACUAGCGGAAGAGUCUGACCUACAAGUGGGUGGCAAUCUUAGACUGACCGACGAAGAAAACAGAGCAAACGAAAUUCUUAUGCACUACAAGAAUGAGGAAGUGGACGAAUCCUUUCACAAUCCCAAGCACUUUAACUUCUCAAGACACUAUUUCGCCUACAAAAAUGAUAUUGGUAAUUCCAAAGUGUAUCAGAUAAUUAGAAGAAUGCCCAAAGGAGCUGCGCUUCAUGUCCACAGCUCGCUUAUGCUUAGCGCGGAUCGCUUACUAGAGCUGACGUAUGAAGACCACUUAUACGUAUGUUCGGCGGAUGACAAUUUAAAAUUACACUUCUCCUACAGCGUCCCCCAACGACCUUGUCCUUUUAAAUGGCAACUACUCAGCGAACUAAGGAACAGUACCGAAAAUCUACAAGCAUUCGACGAUAAACUGAAAAGUCACUUUACCAUGUAUUCUGAUGAUGAAAAAGACUAUACGGGAGAUAUCAAUUACGUCUGGAAAAGGUUCAAUAAAGUGGCGGAAACCAUCAAUGACUUGAUAGCUUACAGGCCGGCUCGAGAAAAGUUCUUCUAUGAGGCGCUACGAGAAUUCUACAACGAUAAAGUUAUGUACAUCGAAGUGAGGAGUGGGUUGAAAAUUUUAUAUGAACUGAAUGGCACUGAAUACGACCGAAUGUACCUACCGCGUCUCUACCACAGAGUAGCGAAAAGAUUUAAGGAAGAUUAUCCAGAUUUUAUUGGCAUCAAAUUGAUAGUGUCAAAAUAUCGUGCUACUGGGAUUAAUCAAGUCCUUGACACCAUCAAUAUAGCUCGAAGAAUAAAAGAGGAACUGCCAGAUGUAUUCGCUGGAUUCGAUUUAGUAGGUCAGGAAGACUUGGGGAAACCGUUACUGGACUUUCUCCCUAUACUCUCAGAAGCAAAGAAGGAUAUGAACUUUUAUUUCCACGGUGGAGAAACGAAUUGGUUCGGAACAGUUUCAGAUGAGAAUUUAGUGGAUGCAAUUCUUUUGGGAUCUAAAAGGAUUGGCCACGGAUAUGCAUUAAUAAAACAUCCUUCGCUUAUGGCUGCAGUGAGGAACAGGGAUAUAGCGAUCGAAGUAAAUGUGGUGUCGAACGUGGUGUUGUCUUUAGUUUGUGAUGUGAGGAACCAUCCAUUGGCUACAUACUUAGCCCUCGGAAUGCCUCUUGUUUUAUCAAGCGAUGAUCCUGGUGCUUGGGGAGCGGAUCCCUUAUCCACGGACUACUAUAUCGCAUUUGUGGGUGUUGCCAGCAAAAAGGCAGACUUACGCAUGUUAAAACAGUUAGUGAUCAACUCGAUUAGAUAUAGUGCUUUGGAUAAUAAAGGUAAAUUUGACAUGAUUAGACAGUUACACAGACAGUGGAAUGCCUUCGUUAGGGAUAUAAUUAGAAUAUUUGGGUGAUGUUGGUAAAUAAGUAUUAAAAAAUGUUAUAUUAUUAUAAUGUUUUCGAGGAUUGAUUCAGUUUUGAUCAUUUUUGUUGGUCGAUAGAAAACACGUUUGAUAUGUAGGGUAUUAUUAUCUGUGAUCCGAAAGAACAGUGAUGAUCAAUUGUAUUAACUGAUGAAUUUCACUGAUAGAUAUCCUAUUUGUGAAGACUAAAGAGUUCCGGCAUCCUGUGAAUCUAUUUAGUUGUUGACUCAUCAAAAUGAAAGUUGUAUUAAAUUACCUACUAGGCAUAAA